CCAAGACAGGAGCAAGAACCCACUCUGGUUGCCAGUAUAAGUCGCCCUUGUCGAUGCCAAUGUACUGCAAUCACCACCCUCUCCCCGACAAGCGCCAUCCGUUUUCCCUUACAGGCUGACACGCGACCGAGAGAUGCCUCUCCUUCAGCCACUCGUUCCAAAGCUUCCCGCAUCGCUCGAUCUGAGCGGGAAGACAGCCAUCGUGACGGGAGGUAAUGCUGGCAUAGGCUUAGAGGUGGCACGGCAUUUCCUCCAUCUCAAUCUCUCGCACCUCAUCCUCGCCGUCCGCACGCCAGCCAAAGGCGAGGACGCGAAGCGCCAGCUGCUCGCGGACCCAAUUGUGGCAAAGCGCACUCCCGCGCCCACCAUCUCUGUUUUCCGCCUCGACCUCACCUCGCAUGCCUCCCUCGUCGACUUCGCCACCCGCAUCGAGCGUGAGACGCAGCGGCUCGACAUCCUCGUCCUUAAUGCCGGUGUGUACCCCAUGAAGUUUGAGCUGGCCCCCGAGACGAAGAAUGAGGUCGGCUUCCAGGUCAACCACCUUUCGAACGCGCUUCUCGCCAUUCUCCUUCUACCCGCCCUCCAGCGCACCGGCGGCCCCGCGCACAUCACCGUCCUCGGCUCGCGCAUGGCGACGCGGCACACGUUCGCCAAGCGCCCCCUCGACAUGACGAAGCCCGUCGCCGCUCACUUUAACGAUCCCGCGCACUUCAGCUGGGGUACGCACUACGGGGACACGAAGUACGUCGUGCAGGCGUUCUGGCAUGCGAUGGCCUCGCGGAUGGAUGCCACGCGAGUCAUCGUCAACGCUAUAUGCCCCGGGCAGGUCAGCACGGGUCUUGGGGCGGAUGGGCAGCCCAAAUGGGUCUCGCUCAUCAGGCCGCUUGUCAAUCUGCGGGGACGUACUCCCGAGGAAGGCGCACGCUGUGUUGUAUACGCGGCUGCCGCUGCGGGGUUGGAUAGCCAUGGGGCACUCGUUGCAGACAUGGAGGUUUUCCCGCCCUUCCCAUACUCAGAGACCCCCACUGGCCGUGCGCUGGAGCAGAAAAUAUGGAAGGAAACGCUCGAAGCGGCAGAGAGUUUGGUUCCUGGUUCCACGAGCAAGGCAGGAUUGGUCCGAGGGUAUACAUAAAGGGUCUGUACCGAGUGUCACCUCAUAUAAUUUGGAGUAUCAUGUUGCGAGCCGAAUUGGUGGUGUUUGUACAAAAUCG